CAGAUCUUGGGCACUGGAGGCGUAAGAUGAGCUGAGAGGGAGAGGAAGUUCUCAGGUUCCCUGCUGCACCACCGAGAGCCCCUCGCCCCGCUGCGGGGAGGGAGGAAUGAGGUUCCCAGCUAGACAGACUGACAGGUGCCAGCAGCCCCCCAGCAGGCUCCCCACCAUCGGGCCUCAAGAUCUGGCCUCCUGCCCGGCCCCACCAUGGCCUUCUGGACGCAGCUAAAACUGCUGCUUUGGAAGAACUUGCUGUAUCGCAAGAGGCAGCCGAUCCAGCUUCUGGUGGAGUUGUUGUGGCCCCUUUUCCUCUUCUUCAUCCUGGUGGCCGUGCGCCAGUCCCACCCUGCAGUGGAGCAGCGGGAAUGCCACUUCCCCAACAAGCCGCUGCCUUCUGCGGGUACCUUUCGUUGGCUCCAGGGGCUUAUCUGCAGUGUCAACAACACCUGCUUCUCGGAGGUCACCCCAGGCGAGAAGCCCGGAGUCUUGAGCAACUUCAAUGAUUCCUUGGUGUCCCGGUUGGUGGCAGACAUGCUUAGAGUCUUGGAAAGCCCCAAAACCCACAGGAUGCUGGACAGCCUAGAGAACUUGAUGCCCACGCUCAGAGCUGCCUGGCCCCAGCCAAGGCCCCAGCUGAUGGAGAUACCAACACAAGUUAAGGAAUUGCUGGACACCUGGCUGCAAAAGAACACCACGCUGGGCACAGUUCAGGAGACUUCGGGUGACUUUAUGAAGGCAACAAUAGAGCUGCUGCAGGAGCUCCUGAUGCUUCCCAGCCUGCUGGAGCUGCAGGCCCUGCUGCAAGGAUCGUCAGGGUUAGGUGGAGGCCUGGGGACUUUGUCCGAAGCCCUCUGCAGUGCCAAGGGACCCAGCAACCCCCGAGGGCUCUCUCUGAACUGGUACGAGAACCAGGACUUCAAGGAGUUGGUGAAUUCGGAACCAGAAUUGGCACCCCCAAACAAGAACUUGAGUCCCGCCUGUGAGGAGUUGACUCGGAUCAUGGAAGGUGACCUGCUGUCCAGCAUGCUCUGGAAACGCCUAAAGCCUCUGGUGCUGGGGAAAGUGCUCUUCACACCAGACACAGCUUUCACGAGGCAGCUCAUGGCUCAGAUGAACCAGACCUUCCAGGAGCUGGCUAUGUUGAAAGACGUCCAGGAAGUGUGGCAGUCGCUGGGACCCCAGAUCUUUGAUUUCCUGAAUGACAGUGCCAAUGUGGCUGUUCUAGAGAAGCUCCUGCAAAUGCAAAAGACCAAAGACAGUGGGCAGCCCAGUCCUGAAGCCCAGGCCGCAGAGGAGGCCCUGCGCUCCUUUCUGGACCCUUCCAGGGGCGGGUACAGUUGGCUGGAUGCCCGGGCUGAUAUGGAGCAAAUGAUGGGCACGCUGGGCCUGGUGAUCGAGUGCAUGAUCCUGGACAAGCUGGAGGCGGCGCCGUCGGAGGAGGCCCUAGUCGGGCGGGCCCUGCAACUACUCUCUGAGCGCCGCUUCUGGGCCGGCAUCGUCAUUCUGGGACCCGAGGAACCUCAGAACCCCGCACGGGCCCCCGCACUAGGCCACCUGCGCCUCAAGAUCCGAAUGAACAUCGACGAAGUCAUGGAAACCAAUAAGAUCAGGGACAGGUUUUGGGACCCCGGCCCCGCCGCUGACCCGUUCACAGACCUGCGCUACGUGUGGGGCGGCUUCGUGUACCUGCAGGACCUGCUGGAGCGCGCAGCCGUGCGCGUCCUCAGCGGCGCGGUUCCCCGCACCAGCAUCUACCUGCAGCAGAUGCCUUACCCUUGCUACGUGGACGAUACGUUCCUGCGCGUGCUGGGCCGAUCCUUGCCUCUCUUCCUGACGCUGGCUUGGAUCUAUUCGGUGGCCAUGACCGUGAAGGCUGUGGUGCGGGAGAAAGAGAAGCGGCUGCGGGACACGAUGCGCGCCAUGGGGCUAAGCCGCGGGGUGCUCUGGCUGGGCUGGUUCCUCAGCUGCGUGGUGCCCUUCCUUAUCAGCACGGCGCUGCUCGUGCUGGUGCUCAAGCUGGGGGACAUCCUCCCGUACAGCCAUCCCGUCGUGCUCUUCCUGUUCCUGGGGGCCUUCGCCCUGGCCACGGUGGUCCAGAGUUUCCUGCUGAGCACCUUCUUCUCCCGCGCCAAUCUGGCGGCCGCCUGCGGAGGCCUGGCCUACUUCGUGCUCUACCUGCCCUACGUCCUGCUGGUGGCCUGGCGGGACCGGCUGCCCCCGGGUGUGCGCGUGGCCACGAGCCUCCUGUCGCCCGUAGCCUUCGGGUUCGGCUGCGAGAGCCUGGCGUUGCUGGAGGAGCAGGGCCUGGGCGCGCAGUGGCACAACCUGGGCACGGGGCCCGCGGGCGACGUCUUCAGCCUGGGCGAGGUCUCGGUCCUGCUGCUGUUCGACGCCGCGCUCUACGGCCUGGCCACUUGGUACCUGGAGGGCGUGUUCCCAGGACAGUAUGGGAUCCCCGAGCCGUGGAAUUUUCCAUUCCGGAGGAGCUAUUGGUUUGGACCUCAGUCCCCCAAGGUUCUCGCCCCACCUCCCACUUCGCAGGACCCAGAGGUGCUGAUGGAGGAGGCACCCCCGGGUCUGACAGCGGGGGUCUCUAUACGAGGUCUGGAAAAGCGCUUUCCUGGCAACCCCCAGCCGGCUCUGCAGGGCCUCAGCCUGGAUUUCUACCAUGGCCACAUCACCGCCUUUCUGGGCCAUAAUGGGGCCGGCAAGACCACCACCAUGUCCAUCCUGAGUGGCCUCUUUCCACCCACUGGGGGCUCUGCCUUCAUCAUGGGUCAUGACAUCCAGUCCAGCAUGGAGGCCAUCCGGCCUCAUCUGGGCAUCUGCCCGCAGUACAACGUACUCUUUGACAGGCUGACCGUGGCCGAACACAUCUGGUUUUAUGGGCGGAUGAAGGGUCUGAGCGCAUCCGACGUGGGCCUUGAGCAGAGCCGUCUGCUACAUGAUGUGGGGCUGGUGCCCAAGUGGGGUGCAGAGACCCGCCAUCUCUCAGGUGGGAUGCAGCGUAAACUUUCCGUGGCCAUUGCCUUCGUGGGCGGCUCUCAGGUAGUGUUUCUAGACGAACCAACAGCUGGUGUGGACCCUGCUUCCCGUCGCAGCAUUUGGGAGCUUUUGCUGAAAUACCGAGAAGGCCGCACACAGAUCCUCUCCACUCACCACCUUGAUGAGGCAGAGCUGCUGGGGGACCGUGUGGCCAUCAUGGCGGCCGGUCGCUUAUGCUGCUGUGGCUCAUCUCUCUUCCUACGACGACACCUGGGCUCUGGUUACUAUUUGACGCUGCUGAAGGCAAGCCUGCCCCUGCCUGCUGCCCAGAAGGACUGCACUGAUGGGGAAGACUGCGUGGAGAAUCACGUGGAUUCUGGGCAAGAAGGAGCUCCGGGGUGCCCAGACAACCCUGUCGGUGCACCCCAACUGCUGGCCUGGGUGCAGCGCUGGGUGCCUGGGGCUCGGCUAGUGGAGGUGCUGCCCCACGAGCUGGUGCUGGCCUUGCCCUAUGCGGGUGCCCUGGAUGGCAGCUUCGCCCAGCUUUUCCGGGAGCUGGACCAGCGACUGGGGGAGCUGGGGCUCUCUAGCUAUGGGAUCUCCGAUACCAGCCUGGAAGAGAUUUUCCUGAAGGUGGUGGAGGAAAGUGCAGGUGACAUGAACCCGGAGCGGAGAACUGCAGAUGGCCACCACUGGCAGCUUCGGAACUCAGGCGUCGCACCCCUAGCCGUGGGCCCGAGGCUUAAGGAGUCCAUCCUGGAGAACGGGGAUUUGGGGGCCGCGCAAGAGACACAGGCCCUGAAGGGAAGCGGGGAGACCGGCAGCCCGAGCCGAAUUCAGGGCUUGGCGCUGCCUCUACAGCAGCUCCGGGCUCUGAUCACAAAACGCUUCCUGCUCGCCUGCCGUAGCCGCAGGGGCCUGUUUGCUCAGAUUGUGCUCCCGGCUCUCUUUGUGGGCCUGGCCCUGGCCUUCAGCCUCAUCAUUCCACCCUUUGACAACUACCCAGCUCUGAACCUCACCACCAGCAUGUACAGCCCCCAGAUGUCCUUCUUCAGUGAUGAUGCACCAGGGGACCCCAAAAGGGGCUUCUUACUUCAGAAGCUGCUGGAAGAAGCGGGAUGUGGGAGUCCUGACCUGAGCGGUGGGGCCAGGAACAGGACACCCCCAGGCACCCAGCCAGGCCUCUGCCACUUCUCCAUCCCAGAGCUUCCCGGAGCAGAGGCAGCCAGUGGGGCCAGUGGCAACCAGACGCCCGCCUGCCAGUGCAGCCGGCCUGGGGCCCGCCGCCUGCUGCCCGAUUGUCCUGUGGAGGCCGGGGGUCCCCCGCCACCCCAAGCAUUGACCAGCUCUGGGGAAAUGGUGCAGAACUUGACAGGCCGGAAUCUUUCGGAUUUCCUCGUGAAGACCUACCCUCGCCUGGUGCGCAAGGGCCUGAAGACCAAGAAGUGGGUGAAUGAGGUCAGAUAUGGGGGCUUCUCACUGGGGGGCCCAGACCUGAGCCGACCCUCCACACAUGGAGUAAGUGACACACUGGAGAAGCUGAAGGCCCUGAUGAACCCCAAGAUGGAUGGAGCCCUGAGCCGCGUUCUGCACAAACUCACAGCCUGGACUAACGACCUGGACACCCGGGAUAGUCUCAAGAUCUGGUUCAACAACAAAGGCUGGCACGCCAUGGUGUCCUUCGUGAACCGGGCCAACAACGCAUUGCUCCAGGCCAGCCUGCCUCCAAACUCCACCCACAAUGCCCACAGCAUCACCACCGUGAAUCACCCCCUGAACCUCACCAAGGCACAGAUGUCCGAGGCCACAUUGAUGGCCUCCUCGGUGGAUGUGCUGGUGUCCAUCUGUGUGGUCUUCGCCAUGUCCUUUGUCCCAGCCAGCUUCACCCUUGUCCUCAUUGAAGAACGUGUCACUGGAGCCAAACACCUGCAAUUCAUGGGAGGUCUGCCCCCCACCCUCUACUGGAUCAGCAACUUUCUCUGGGACAUGUGCAAUUACUUGGUGUCAGCUUGUAUUGUGGUGCUCAUCUUCCUGGCCUUCCAGCAGAAGGCUUAUGUGGCCCCCACCAACCUGCCUGCCCUUGUGCUGUUACUCCUCCUGUAUGGUUGGUCAAUCACACCUCUCAUGUACCCAGCCUCCUUCUUCUUCUCCGAGCCCAGCACGGCCUAUGUGGCACUCACCUGCAUUAACCUCUUCAUUGGCAUCAAUGGCAGCAUGGCCACCUUCGUGCUUGAGCUCUUAUCAGAUGAGAACUUGCAGAAUGUGAGCCGGAUCUUGAAGCGGGUCUUUCUUAUUUUCCCCCACUUCUGCCUGGGCCGGGGGCUCAUCGACAUGGUGCGGAAUCAGGCCAUGGCCGAUGCCUUUGAACGCUUGGGAGAAGGAACACUGCAGUCCCCACUUCGCUGGGAGGUGACAGGCAAGAACCUUCUGGCCAUGACAUUCCAGGGGCCUCUGUUCCUGCUCUUCACACUCCUGCUGCAGCACCGCAGCUGCCUGUGGCCUCAACCUAAGGCAAGGCAGCUGUCACCCCUGGAGGAAGAGGAUGAGGAUGUGGCCCGUGAGAGGCAGCGGGUAACCCGAGGGGAGGCACAAGGGGAUGUGUUGGUGCUUAAAGACCUGACUAAGGUGUAUCACAGGCAGAGAACUCCAGCUGUCAACCGCCUGUGCCUGGGGAUCCCUCCUGGUGAGUGUUUUGGACUGCUGGGUGUAAAUGGCGCUGGGAAAACAACCACAUUCCGCAUGGUGACGGGGUCUACUCUGCCCAGCUGGGGAGAGGCCGUGCUGGCCGGUCACAGCGUGGUCAAGGAGCCCGCAGCUGCCCACCUGCGCAUGGGCUACUGCCCGCAGUCCGACGCCAUCUUCCAGCUAUUGACAGCAAGGGAGCAUCUACAGCUGUUUGCACGCCUGCGUGGUGUCCCCGAAGCCCAAGUUGCCCAGACAGCAAACCGGGGACUGUUGCGCCUGGGUCUCCAGCAGUACGCUGACCGGCCCGCGGGCACCUACAGCGGGGGCAACAAGCGGAAGCUGGCGACAGCUGUGGCGCUGGUGGGAGAACCAGCUGUCAUCUUCCAGGACGAGCCCACCACGGGCAUGGACCCCAGCGCCCGGCGCUUCCUGUGGAACAGCCUUCUGGCCGUGGUGCGGGAGGGCCGCUCCGUGGUCCUCACCUCGCACAGCAUGGAAGAGUGUGAGGCCCUUUGCACGCGCCUGGCCAUCAUGGUGAACGGGAGGUUCCGCUGCCUGGGCAGCGUGCAGCACCUCAAGAGCAGGUUCGGAGCCGGCUACACGCUCACCCUGCGGGUCCCUGCGGUGCGGUGGGAAGGCGCGGUGGCCUUCGUGGUGGAGGCGUUCCCGGGGGCCCAGCUUCGCGAAGCCCAUGGCGGCCGCCUGCGCUUCCAGCUGCCUCUGGGAGGGUCCUGCGCCCUGGCGCUGGUCUUUGACCAACUGGCGGCGCGCGGUGUCGAGUGCGGCGUGGAGGACUUCUCCGUGAGCCAGACCACGCUGGAGGAGGUUUUCCUGCAUUUCUCAGAGGACCAGGGCAAGGAGGAGGAGCAGGAGGGAGAAGACCCCGCACCGGGUGCCCAGCUCCCCAAAGUCACGACGCAGCUCCUGGAUGACCGCUGCACAAUGGAAACGGUGCUCUGAGUGUCCCACCCCUGGGGCUGGUGGGCGGCCUGGAGUUGGGGGUCCCAAGUUCCUGGGGGGAGCCAGUGUCAGGGAGGUAAUAAAAUCUGGAAAACUGUG